GUCUAGCUUGAGCUAGGCUGAUGAUCAGCAGGCAUCCCACAAUUCAAGGCCAUUUACUCCGUAUGAAGAUUUUCUCUGCAUUAAAACAUUUACUCUAUAAAGAACAUCUGCUCCAAAUGAAAAGAUUCCAGACACACCACCAGGAUCGUAUAGCCAAAUACGUAACACGAACAGCCUCCGAACAGCCUCGGAACCACCUCGGAAUGGUUCCAGCCACCACGUGAUAUCCCAAGGCAAAUUUCCUCGUAAGAAAUUGUGGCAAAACCCCCUGACUAUAUAUAUGCUAGUCUCGCUAGCCUACUAUCUCAACUAUCUACUAGUACACCAAUCAUCAGUCACAGUCAUCAGUUAUCAUGCCCCUCCGUCCCACCAUCCCUAAGGCACGCAUCCUGCAAACCCGCCUGAUCAGCUCCCCCUCACCACCCAAACCAACCCCCGCAUCCAGGCAUCACGACCUACACCUCCUCCCCGCUUCCCCUAGCGACAGCCCCGCCAUUGCCGAUGUGUUCUUGCACUCCUUUUCUGAUCCCUUCAACCGACGCAUGUUCCCCCUCACGGAGGAUGUGCGGAGAUGGUGGGUGGACCAGUUCCGACGGGACAUCGAACAGUCAUGUGCGGCCAACCCAAGCAGUGCAUUUUUAAAAGUGACUGCGGCCGACGGGGCGAUUGCUGCGUUUGCCAAGUGGAGGUUUCCCGUCCCUCCGACUCCGGAGGAUAAACAUAAGACCGCCUGGCCCCCAAGCUCGGAUGCAGAUCUCUGCGAACAAUUCUUCCAAGGGAUGGAUAGCGAACGAACCCGCAUCAUGGGGGAGAAAGAAUAUUUCUAUCUCGAUUUGCUCGGCACCCGGCCCGAGUUCAACGGAAAGGGCAUCGGAUCACGGCUGCUGCGUUGGGGGUUGGAGCGGGCAGACGCGGCUGGGGUUGACACGUUCCUGUCGUCGACACCGCAAGGGCGGAGGCUGUAUGAGCGGUAUGGGUUCCGGAUGGUGCACGAGUAUGAAGUGGUGCCUGGAUACAUCCAGGCAUCGAUGGUGCGAGUGACUGAGUAGAUAGGCAGUGUAUUAUAAAGAGAAUGAAGCAUUGCAGCAGGCCACGUAAGGCCAAGAGAGGCCCCCAAAAAUAGGCCAACCACGGCAGAUCGGCUCAG